AUGGACGAUGUCGAAGACGAGACGGGCAUCGACGCCGCCGAGUGGGAGCAGCUCCUCGGAGGCUCCGCCUGGGACGAGAUCGACGGCGAGGCCCCGCCCGACGGCGAGGCCGAGGCCGACGACGAUGACCUGGGCGGCCUGGACGACGCCGGCGCCCUCGGCGAGACGGGCCUUGUUGGCGGCGAGGCGGCCGGCGAGGCGGCCGGCCAGGGUGACGCGCAGGCGCUGCUGGCUGCCGCCAGGCAGGCGCUGGACCGCGCCCGGUACCUGCGGCUGCUGUCGGUACUCUCGGAGGCCCUGGCGGCCCGGGAUUCCAGCAAAUUCAGGAACGCGGCUUCUUUCUGGAUCUUGGGUCUAUUGAACAAUUUUUUGUAUGUAGUCAUGAACGCGGGCGCUAACAAUAUCAAUGAGGCCGGCAUCGGUCUCGUGUACCUGGCGAAUGUAUUACCAAGCCUCUUGGUGAAGGUUACUGGCCCUUAUUGGUUCCAUCAUGUCAGCUACAGGGUCCGCAUCUGGCUCUGCUCUGUCAUGAUGGUGCUGUGCCUGAUGAUCGUCGCGUGGGGCACCUCGAGCUACGUGAAGCUCGUGGGCGUUUGCUUCGCCUCAUUGUACGCUGGCAUCGGAGAGGCCAGCAUGCUCGGCAUGGCGGCCUUCUACGACCAGAAGAUGGCCCUGACGGCCUGGUCGAGCGGCACAGGCUUCGCGGGGAUCGGCGGAUACCUCUGGGCGAUUAUCUUCGAUGCCAUCGGCGCGUGUUUCCAAGUGCAACUCAUGAGCGGACUCUGGAUCCCUUUCGUCUGGCUUGCCACUUUCCAUUUCCUCCUCGAGCCUCCGUGGAUCGACACCGUCAGGGACAACAACGUCGCGGUGCCAUCCACGGGAGGCGAUGACGGAGAUAGCAGCUCGGGAAGCUCCUCGUCAGACUCAGAUGAGGAGUCCGAGGUACGUGAGGCCAGGUCGAUUGCAGCUCAGCAUAAAGGCGAUCGGCCCAUUACUGAGUCUCUUUCCAGCUGGGAGCGCUUUCGGUUCAUCCUUACGCUCUGGCCUUACAUGGUGCCUUUGAUCUUGGUGUACGCUGCUGAGUACACCAUUCAGGCGGGCUUCUGGGCAGCUAUGGGGUUCCCAGUCACCGACAGCACGUCGAGGCACAGCUGGUACAAGUGGGCGAACUUCACAUACCAGGUGGGGGUGUUCAUCUCGCGAUCCACGUUCGUGUUGGUCUGCAGGAGCCGUGCCGUCUUGUGGACGGGUGCGGGCCUGCAGGUGGCCAUGCUCAUGUUCUUCUGGUGGGUCGCGGCCACCGAGUUCGGCGACUGGUGGCUGCUUGCCCCCGCCCUCUUCGUGGGGCUGAUGGGUGGCGGAGUCUACGUCGGCGCCUUCUGCCUGAUCUCCCAGGAGCAGGACCCGCACUACACCGAGCUCGCGCUCACCUCGGCCUCGCUGGGUGACUCCCUCGGCAUAAUCAUCGCGGAUGUGCUGGGCAUCGUGGUGCAGGGGUGCAUGUUCGGCCACCUGGGCGUUCUGGAUACUGAGCCGCGCCCGAACUUCGCGUGCGGCUACACGAUAUGGGACGGGCUGAACGCCAGCAGCACCGGCAUGGCCAGCGCGGCCUCCGCGCUCUGCUUCCCAGGCGUGGCCGCCGUGGACGUGCGGGCCGCCGAGGAGCUGCUGGCCGGCCACGCCCAGCUCCUCGCGCUGCUCCGCCGCUACACCGGCGGGGCCGCCCCCACCGCUCAGGCGGAGAUCGCCGCCCCCAGGACGCCGCCGGCGCCCCGGACGCCGCCGGGCGGGGAGGCAGUCGCCCACGGCGGCGCCGGCGCGCGCAUCGCGCAGCUGGUGGGCCUCGUGUUCACGAACCUGGGCGGCGGGGAACGCGAGCGGUCACGCAUGAUGGACUACGUCAGGCGGCGGGCGGACGCCCCUGCCUUCCCGCGACGCCUCGUUGUCCUGCGGGGCCCCCCCGGCGCCGGCAAGACGAGGUGGGGCCUCGGCAUGCUGCAGAGGGAGCUGAAGAUCAGCCUCGACGCCAUGGACCGCAGCGAGGCCCUGGCGGUGCAGCUCUCGCACCUGUGCGCCACCGUCGACUUCUCCGCCGUCGCCUCGCCCGGCUCGCCCGCUGAGCUGCGGUACGCUUUCGACCCCGCGGCCCUGGAGGCGCACCACGCCUGCAACGAGGCGCGGGUGCGGCUGGCGAUGGAGAUCGGGCUCGAGCCGCUUUUCGUGGACAAUUGCAACAUGCGCCUGUGGGAAAUGCGGCCGUACCUCUUGCUCGCGGAGCGCCUCGGGUACACGGUGACCGUGGAGAAGCCGCAGGCCAUCUGCGCGAGGUGGGACGACGUCGGCUACCUCGCGGAGCACAGCGCGGAGAAGCGGCGCUCUGGCCCGCCCCUCGGGCGGGCGCAGCUCGAGGCGCUCGUCGCCGGCUUCGAGCCCCUGCCCGACGAGAUCGACCCGCGGCCGGCCAUCCGCGCGGCCGUGCGCCCCGGCGGGGACGACGGCCGCCCCGCCGCAGGCCAGUCGGAAGAGCAGGUGCUACUGCCGCCCAGCGCCAUGCUCUACAAGCUCGAGCGCCUGCUGCGGGAGUCGGAGUCGCUGCUCCAGUACACGCCGCCCGACGGCCAAGGCUGGGGCGUCAACGGCGAGCUGGGGGAGGAGUGGCACUCCUUCCGUGAGCUCGCGGGCGGCGGCUGCACCUACGAGGAGUCCCUGGGUGGCCGGGACCUGCGCUGGCGCACCAACGAGCCCGAGCAGGCCUGGUCCUUGGCCGAGCUGGCCGUGCUCUCGGACCUCCGCGCCGAGGUGUCCCACGCGGGCGCCUGGCCGGGCGAGCCGGGCGCCGUGCCCGCCUCGCGCGCGGAGAGGCAGAGGUUCCGGCUGCAGGUGCAGCGGCAGGUGGAGGAGAGCCAGGGCGGCCGAAAGCGCCCGCGGGAGCCGGAGGCGGCGGCGAGGAGGACGCGCGCGGCGGCCGGCAAGGCGGCGCCCGCGCACGGUGGCGCGGUCGAGGACCACACGCCGCCGGGGGUGCCGACGGACCAGGAGGAGAUGUCCGCAGCCGCCUUCCUGGCGGCGGUGAAGGCGAGGUUAGUGGAGUGGGGGAAGGUGGACCUGUACCACGAGUUCGUGAUGUCCCUCUCGGGGACCGUCGACGCCAAGGCGGCGGUCAGGAUCCUGCGCGGCCACGACGAUCUGCUCUCCGUCUUCCGCAGCAAGUUCGCGCCCAAGUCCGACCUCAUCGCCAUCAAGGCGGAGCUGAGGGAGGAGGACGAGAAGGAGGAGGCGCCCCGGCCGCCCCCGGGCCCUCCCAGGAGGGGCGCGAAGGCGGAGCCUGGCGGGGCGCCCCUCACCCCGGCAGGCGGCGGCGUGAAGCGGGAGCUCGGCGGGCCCCGCCCGCCCGACGGGCCCAGGCCGCCGGCCGGGCCGCCGGGCGUCAAGAAGGAGAUGGUCAAGUCGGAGGUCAAACGAGAAGCCGUGGCACCGAAGCCUCCGAAGCAUGACCCGAACGCGCUCCGGGGUACGGUGACCAUCGGCGACGAGAGCGAGAGCGAGGACGAGGAGGUCCACGGCGAGGCGUCUGUGGCCGCGGCGGUGCGGAAGGGCCGCAACGAGUGCAUCGCCCAGCUCUCCAAGAUCCUCUUUCGCAGGGAGCGGGGCCACGGCGAGGGCGCGCGCCAGCGCCUGACGAUGGUGCGCUACGCGACGAGGGUCGCGUCGAGGCCCAGGUUCCCCCGGGAGCUCUUCAUCUUGCGCGGCCCGCCCGGCGUGGGCAAGACGGAGUACGCGCUGCUGCAGCUGCAGGACUACGCAGAGUGGGAGCGCGACGAGGAGUUCGCCGCGAGGUUGUCGCACGUCUGUGCUGCCGACGACUUCUUCGAGGAGCUCAGCGGCACCGGCACGGUGUACAAGUUUGCCCCGGCCCGGCUGGAGGCGUACCACCGCAGGAACGAGGCGCGGGUGCGACUCGCGAUGGAGGCCGGCGUGCACCCGCUGUUCGUGGAUUGCGCGCACCUGCGGCUGUGGGAGAUGGCGCCGUACUUGCUGCUGGCGGACCGCCUGGGCUACGUUGCCACGGUUGUGGAGCCGCAGGACAUUUGCCAGAAGUGGGACGACGUGGACCACCUUCUCACCGCCAACAGCACCGCGGACCGCACCGGGGUGGGCAAGAUGGGCCCCGACCGGGGCCAGCUGCAUGCCAUGCUGCGCGCCUUCGAGCCCCUGCCCCUGGUGGAGGACCCUGG